AUCUUUCUAAACAAGGAAUAAAAGAUGGAUUUUAUGAAGCAUGCGCAACACGUUCCGUCAAAAUAUCGGAAGUACCACAACAUGUGACGUAAAUGUCACUAGAAGAUGACGGGCUAAAAUAAAUCUACGGGAUGUUUUGAGAAAAAAUGUACAAUUCAUUAACGAUAAAUUGCCAUUAUUAACGAUUUAUUUACAAUUAGCUAAAAUUGUUUUUAUUUGCGACGUACCAAGAAUCAAAAUUUUAUCGCUGCGAUGCAACACACAUUACAAGAGCGGGUAUAGGGAGUUGCAUAACUCGAUUUCAGGUAAAAUAAGAAUGAUUAUUUCACAUGAAAUGCAUAUUUGAAUCGUUUUUUGUCUCUCCACACUAUCACCAGCCGUUUUCCGAUCUAUAAAAAACUUUAUUCAACACAACAGAUGACGCAGGACAGCCGAUGCCGAUGGAACUUCGCCGUGGAGCUUCGGGUGGGAGACACCAGCCACCGCCAGGCCAGCCAUCAUCGUUUAAUCGAGACCUGGAUGGUCUGGAAGCAACGCGAAUUCGACAUCGCCAUCGCGAGUGAGUUCUUGAUCCGAUUAUCUGGAUAGUUCGGCCACGUUGUCGAGGACGCAGGCGACCGAGGGCUUUCGAUCGCCGUAACGGUGCAUUUAGCAUGUCAGUGCCUUCGAUGGUACAUCGAUCCGGAGGUUCUUUGAUAGUGCGCAGCCUAAUAAGCGGAGACGCUCUGUAUGACCGCGACGACGUCGACGGCGACGACGUCUACGCGGACGACUACGCCGAGAGCCAACGCGACGCUCCGCCGGGAAAUCACGAAGAGGAGGCCCGCGUAUCGCGCAAAGAAUUGCCCGAUUGCAAAGUGAAGAGAAACUACACGUGCGUCGGCUGCGACUUUUUCACGCAGAACCCUCGCGUCUAUCUGUAUCACUUGCGCGAUGUACAUCACGAGAAAGUGAAAAUCUACGAGUGCCCGAACUGCCUCUACGCCUCCAAGCACUUUCAGAAGCUGCUGCGCCACACGAAGAUGGUGCACGACGACGCCACCGUCGCGAAGAAGGCGGCCGACGAGGAGGCGGUCGACGACGAUUCGGCGGCGGCGGCGGCGCCGUCGUCGCAACUGCAACAACAGCAGCAGCAGCAGCAACAGUCGGUGUUCAAAUGCUCGGUGUGUCCGUUCACGGGGAAGGCUUCAGGCGCGCUCGCUAAGCACGAACGCGAAGAGCACAUCAAAACCAAGUUCUUUCGAUGUUCCAAGUGCACUUACGUAACGCACAUCAAGGCGCGUUACACCAAACACGUUAAGUACCAUUCGAUGCCGAUGAUCAAGUGCGAAAUGUGCGAUUUUCGAACGCCCUACAAAUGGAACCUGGACAGGCAUUGCAAGAACCACAACGGGCACGGCGCUUUCAAAUGUUCGGCCUGCAAUUUCACGGCCGAUAUCAAGCAGAGUUUGACGGUGCACGAGAUGAACCACCACGUGCCGCCGGUGGGACAGGCGGCGGGAUUGGGAGUCGGGAGACGGCGCAAUAAAGUCGGCGCCAGUGACACCACCCUCGCCGAAGAGAUCGGCGGUCACGCGCAAGCUCAGAUCGUCAAAAGUGAGCCCCGCUCGCCAGUGCUGCAAGACGACGACAGGAAGCCCAAAGUGAAAGCGCCCUCCGGCAAGUUCAAGUUGGACUUCGGCGCCGAUGGGAAGGAUUCGGACUUCAUCAACCCUGAUGACAUAAUCCACCAUGUUAAUGGCAAGAUUUACUUCAAGAACAAAUGCAAAUAUUGUAAUUUCAAGUCGGCUUGGGACAGUGAGAUGGCCAAGCACGAGAAGCGGGCGCACAACAUAGAUAGGGAAGACAGCAAGCCGGUGAUCAAGAAGCCUUCGCGACCGGUGCCCAAUCUCAUUCCAAUACCCUCGCAGGUGUCGCCGCUCAAGAAGCCGAAAUUCGAACUGCCGGACCCCGGCGAGCCCAUCAUGAGUCAAAAGGACAUCAACGACAUCUGCGCGAAGAGCUCCAACAGCGUGCUGAAGGACUUUGCUUCGCUGUUCAGUUCGGAAGAUGUAUUCAAGAUGACUCCUAAAGUACCUGAUCUCAUACCUGCUGCUGUGUACAAUAACAAUUAUACCUCAACUAAAAGUAAUAAGUCGACGGAAGAUUUCAAGCAGAAAAACGCCUCUUUUUUCGAUAGCCUUAGGGAAAAGUUAGAACUAGGCACGCUCCAAAACGGUAAUUUGACUUGUAACAUUUGCGGACACGAAAGCAAGUGCCUUACCGAACACGCUAAGCACCAAAAAUCAUGCGGAAAGGAAACCAACAAGAACCAAUCUAUCAUACCUUUACAUAACAUUAGUUCGUCUAGAUGCCAAUUCUGCAGGCAGAGGUGCAAAUCAAGCACGGACCUUUACAAUCAUCUGCAAACGUGCCCCGAGGCGCGCAAAGCCCAAAGCUCGAUGGAACCCAAAGAAGAGGAAUCGGACACCGAAGGUGAGCUGAGAAUCGACGAAGGCCAAGACGAACCCGACAACAAACCACACCCCAUGGAGAACAAAGUGUUCGUUUGGAACGACAUCGUCGUUCCCAUGGACAUCGAAGUCGACGAUUCGAAUUACGAAUACACGGACGAUAGAAUCGACGAUAACGUCUCUUUGGAUCUAUCGAUCAGAACCCAAUCGCCGUUGGACAGCGAGCACAGCGGCUUAGGACAAGAAUCAGUGACUCCCAACAGCGUUCAACAUUCGCCUAUACCCAGUACGGACAAGAUACCGACUCACGGCAACGACAUAUCGAUAGCCCAACACAAGCGUGUCUUCAAGUGCCCGCAUUGCACCUUCUGGGCGAGCACGGCCUCGCGUUUCCACGUGCACAUCGUAGGCCACUUGAACAAGAAGCCCUUCGAGUGUUCCUUGUGCGCCUACAAGUCCAAUUGGCGAUGGGACAUCACCAAGCACAUAAAGCUAAAGUCCGUGAGAGACCAGGCGCACGAGUCCGCGAAGGUCCUGAUGACCGACGAGACCGGCAGGCGCAACUAUACCAAAUACAACAAGUACCUGACUGAGAUACCCGUUACCGGCGCCCAGAGCAUGGAUACCAGCGGUGGUUGCGGCACCAGGCCUAAGCACCACGACCGGAACUCCUCGCCGUCUACCAGCAAAUCGGACUUGAAGGCCAACAAGACUUCUGGCAAUAGCGAUUUCAAUAUGAUGCUGAAGGGCAAUUCGCCUUUGAGGGCUCCGCCGUCUAUGAAGAUAUCCGAUGGGUCCUUCGUGACUGAGAUAGUGGACAAGAAACGCAGCAGCAACGAGGGCAAACGGACCCAAUACAAAUGCAAAAAGUGUAAUUUCAAGCACGCCUCCAGAGACAUCCUGCUGCAACACGUAAAAGGUCACUAUCACCAGCCUCAGCUAUCGACACCCAUGACCCAGAACCACGGUCUGCUAUCCUUGGCGCCGGAUCGACCAUCGAGCAGCCUAAGCGGCGUCCACAAUCAACUGGACGUAGCGCAGGAUUUGAGUUUAAGGGGUACGAGUCCUGAUAGAGAUGAGGCAAGUGUAAAUAACAUAAAUGGCGGGAAGGGAGCAGGUACAGCACCCUUCCGGUGCGGUCAUUGCAACCAGGUAUCUAACUGGAAGCAUGUCAUCCAGAGACACUGUCGGCUGAAGCACAGUGGAGAUAUCCGGGUCAUAAGCAGCAAAAACGGUCAAGAAAAAAUUGAAGUAGAGGAACUGACCGACGAGCCAGACCACGUCGACGUCGCCCAAAACGGCGCCUUCAAAUGCACCAUCUGCCCCUAUUCUACGGACGACAGCCAGAAUUACGACCGCCACCUUUCCGGCCACGUGCCCGUCGAAGACAGCAUACACAAAUGCCUAUACUGCAAAUUCUACGUCAACAAUUUGGAGGACCUCAACGACCACUACAAGUUGCACGGCAUCACCGAUCCCGACGACUUCCGGAUCAAAUUGGCCGAGAAGAGCAACGCCGAAGGUGACGGGAAGAAAUUCAAAUGCCAGACUUGUCCGUACGACACCAACUCCAAGUCCCAAUUCACCUACCACAAGCAGUUCCACAAGCCCAGAGGCGGUCAGUACACUUGUACCCACUGUUCGUACAACGUCAGCAAGCGGCACUUGCUCCACCAGCACCUCAAGGUGCACGGCAUAAACGUGGCGACCCACAAGCAGAACGGCGAAGUCGUCUUUUUCGACGACCUGGCGGAGGAUAUCGAAGAAGUGCCCAAUCAAUUCAACGUCGAUCUACAGAGUUUGCCGGACAUUCCGCUGGUUUGGGUGUCCAAAAACGGGAAAUUUUCGAAGAUGUUCAAAUGCCGGUACUGUCCGCACGUUAAUUUGAGAAAAGUCAACAUUCAAGAGCACGAAAAGAUGCACAGCGUCCGCGAAAAGAACCACAGCGGUUCCAAACCGAACGACGUUGAACACAAGUGUACCGAAUGCAACUACAUUUGCGCCAACGCUGGAGUACUAUCUUCGCAUUCUAAAGUACAUCAAGGUUUGUACGGAACCGUACACCGCCUGGUAGACCCGUCACGCAGCGAUGAAGAACAGAUUAAAGAGCUAAGUCGAGCCGUUGGCGUCCAACAAAUCGACACUUCCCAAGAAGAAGAACCAACUGAUUACAGCGUACUAGAAAGCGACGAAAUAGACAGCUCGUCCGGAACAGGAACGGUCCUCUAUUUCUGCAAGGAAUGCCCGGCCAGAUUCCUCAAGGAAAACGAAUUUGGAAUACACAAAAGAUUCCACGGCUCCAAAUUGAAAUACAAAUGCGACCAUUGCACCUACACAUCCAGAGAACACCCCCAUUUAGUUACCCAUUCCAAAGUGCACACAAACGAGUACCAAGACAGAACCAAAGUAUUACAAAACAUGUACGUGACAUGUUCCAAUUACUCCCAACCAAAGAUACAAUCAGUGAAACUGGAAAACGGCGAACACGUCUACGUGAUCGACAACAAAUCGACCACCGACAUGAGCACGCUUUGCAGCAUUUUGAACAAACCCGUGAAAUCGUCUCAGAAUGUGCCAUUGUCAGGAACGGACCUCUUCCUGCAAAAGUCCGAGGCGGAGCAGAAGCACGCCGCCGAAAUGGAGAUGUCCCGCGAACCGUCUCCGCAACGAAACCUCGACUACGACAUAACGGAAUUGAUGCGCGGCAAUCCGGACUUCAUCUAUCAGCCGACGAUGAAGAACGGCCGUCCGAAGGAGAAGCGCUACAAGUGCCACAUGUGCCCGACGGCGUUCGAGAAGCGCGAACAGUACAAGAUCCACCUGGGCCUGCACGGCUCCAAGCAGCGCUACAAGUGCGACGAUUGCGACUACUCCGUCAAAUACUACGCCAAUUACGUGCAGCACGUGAAGAAGCACAAGUUGAACGACGAGGCGCACGCCACGCUGACGUUCCGGCCCGACGACGACCUGGAAAUAGACGAGGACUUGGAGGCUGCGAGAGAAGACCAGCAGAUCGAUGCUUUGGCGGAGCCGAAGCAAGACGAGCCGGUUAAAGAUGACGAUAAGAAAAUCUCGUGCUGUUUCUGCCCUUACACGAGCAACAGGAAGGACGCCGUGGACAAUCACCAGAAACGCCACGCCUGCGUGUCUGGCAACAACAGCACGUACGCGUGCGAACACUGUGAUUAUUCCGUGCCACAAAGUCACUUUUUGCGGGAACACAAGAAGCUCCAUUUCGCGGGCAACAAGACCGAACAGGUGGAGGGAUUCAUGACUUGUGAUAAUAUGAAAUUAGUGAAGCAGGACGACGAAGUCGUCUUCGAAGAGAACGAUAGCAAAGAAUGCAACGGAGAUGUUUCUAGUAAAUUUAAUAAUAACGACGGUGAGAAACGAUUCGUUAAUGUACAAACAGGUGAAUUAGUAGAUGGGAUGGAAAUUAGUGAUAAGCAAUCCGCAGACGAUUGCAAAAUGGAAGUAAUUUAGUCAGACUUCUAGUGAUAAUUACUAUACCUAAUUUAAUUCAUCGGAAAAUUUACUUAAAUAUUAAUAAAUUUUUAUCGUGUUAACAUUGCCUUAGUCAUAGAGUAUUUUUACAAGAGUAUUUUCACACGACUUUAGAAAUGAAUAAUACAGUAGUAUUACCAGCAAUUUUCUUAAAUAUAUUAAUAAUUUUAUUUGUGUAUAUAUUAUCUUGUUCUGUUAGAAAGUAUUAAUUUUAUUUUCAAUGGGGUUUAAUGCCAAAGCAUUCAAUGCCAAAAUUUGCCAUAACUUAAUUGUUGUUUUUGUUUUACAGAAGAGAGAAAUAUAUUAAUUAAAAUGU